CCUCUCAAGUACUGUGUCCAGUUCUGUGCCCCUCCAUUCAGGAAGAACAUAGAGGUGAUGGAGUGGAUCCAGAUAAGGGCAUUGGAGCUGGUGAAGGGUCUGGAGCACAAGUCUUGCGAGGAGCGACUGAGGGAGCUGGGGUUGUUAAACCUGGAGAAAAAGGAGGCUCAGGGGGGACUUUAUCACUCUCUGGAACCAUCUGAAAGGAGGCAGUAGCCAGGUGGGGGUCAGCCUCUUCUCUCAGGCAACCAGCAAGAGGACAAGAGGAAACAGCCUCAAGCUGUGCCAGGGAAGGUUUAGGUUGGACACAGGGAAGAAUCUCUUCACAGAUGGGGUGAAUGGAAUGCCCGUGGAGGAGGCGGAGUCACUAUCCCUUAAGGGCCUGCGGUUUGAGGUGGUUCCAUCCUGGUUUAAGGAGACACUAGAAAAGUCAUCUUUUAAAGCCCCUUAUGAGUAUGCUGUGGAAACAGCAAAACAGAAAGCUCUUGAAGUAGCAAACAGAAUGCAUGUAAAGCAUAUGAGAACACCUGAUAUUGUCAUAGGAGCAGACACUAUUGUGUCUGUGGAUGAGCAGAUCCUGGAGAAACCAGUUGAUAAGCAAGAUGCCUACAGGAUGCUAUCAAGGUUAAAUGGGAAAGAGCACAGUGUUUUCACAGGCGUGGCUAUUAUACACUGCUGCAGUAAAGACAAUCAGCUAGAGAUGGAAAUCACCGAUUUCUAUGAAGAGACUAAAGUAAAAUUUUCUGAGCUGUCUGAAGAGCUCUUAUGGGAGUAUAUUCAUAGUGGGGAGCCAAUGGACAAGGCUGGUGGAUAUGGUAUCCAGGCCCUUGGUGGAAUGUUAGUUGAGUAUGUCCAUGGAGACUUCUUGAAUGUGGUGGGAUUUCCUUUGAAUCACUUCUGCAAAAAGCUAGCAGAAUUAUACUAUCCGCCCUCUAAACAUAAUGUACAACAUAAAAAGUAUGACUCUAUCCCUUCUGUGGACACUUUUGAGAACCUAAGUGAUGAAGAAAAUUCAAAUUUCACAGAGCACAAAGUUGCUAGUAAGUUGGACUGCAGUGGCAUGCAUUCCUCAGGAGCUGCUUACACUUCUGAUAACACCUCUGCUGUCAGAACUGAUUUUACAGUACCCUUGGAAAAUCAGAAUGGAGUGUCACAGAGUGCAUCAAAACUUCCAUCCAAAAUUCUAGAGCUGAUGGAUGGUUUUAGAGCUUCAAAGGCUCUGUUUGUAGCCUCUAAGCUGAAGAUAUUUGAUCAUCUGAAAGACAAAUGUCCAAUGAAGGCUGUGGAUAUUGCAAAUGAUGUUGGAACCUUUAUACGUGGAACUGAAAGACUCCUUGAUGCAUGUGCUUCUCUUGGAUUACUGGAGAAAACACCACAAGGUUAUAGAAAUACAGACUCAGCAAAUACCUACCUGACCUCAGAUGGUAAAUACUCACUUCAUGGCUACAUUAUCCAUUCUAAUGAUCACCUUUGGCCUCUCUUCACAAACUUGGAGUCUGCUGUCAAAGAAGGGAGCAGGCAGAAUCAUCGAGCCUUUGGAAAGAAAGCAGAUGAUCUAUUUAAGGACUAUUAUCACAGCCAGGAGGUAAAGCAACGUUUUAUGGCUGCCAUGCACAGCAUUGCUCACCUGACAGCAAGAGAUGUGGCUACAGCAUUUGAUCUUUCACAGUUUAAAUCUGCUUGUGAUUUAGGAGGUUGCACUGGAGCUCUGGCUCAUGAAUUAGUACAAGUAUACCCAAAUCUCAAGGUCACAGUAUUUGACCUUCCAGAAGUCAUUGCAAACACCUCUUACUUUCAGCCUUCAGGACAGCACACUGCUCCGGUAACAUUUGUGUCAGGUGACUUCUUCAAGGAUAAUCUUCCAGAAGCAGACCUUUACAUCCUUUCACGUGUUCUUCAUGACUGGCCUGAUGAAAAGAUACAUGUGCUGUUAAGCAAGAUAUCAGCUGUUUGCAGACCAGGAAGUGCCUUGCUAGUGGCAGAAACUGUGCUCAAUGAACAGAAGACGCACCCUUCUGUAGCUGUGCUACAAUCCCUCAGUAUGACUGAAGGCAAGCAGAGAAGCAGCUCAGAAUAUAAACAGCUACUGGAGAAAUACGGAUUCACAGAUGUACAAAUUAAGAUCACAGGAAACUUAUUAGAUGCUGUCCUGUGCUUCAAGAAGAAUCUGUCACUGUAGUGUGCCCAGAAACAAUCUAGGAUGCUGAAUGUUCACCCCUUGUGCAAUAUACCCAUCAUCAACCAGCUCGUAUUGGCAGUUGAGGAUCAUUUUGGCCCUUUGUCUGAAGCAUGGUUGUUACAGGCCUUGGAUAGAAGUUGGAGUGCAGCUUUUGCCAGAAUGAAUUCUGUGCAUUUUAAAAAGUGUCUGGGGCAGGCUGAAACUCCUGCAUGUGAAAUACCUUAAUGUCCAAUUCUUCUGCAGACUGUAUUAAGCUUAGUUAGACUUGGCAUAGCUGUGUAUAGCCGGUGAAGUUAAAAAUGCAAGCUUGUGCUGAGAUACAUUAAUACCUCCAUUUUCUUGGACCUUAAAAUUAAAGAGAAUUCCCCCUCUGCAAUGUA